UAUUGCAGUCCGACAUUCAUGAGUAUUCACGACUGUAUUUUGUCGGCCGCAACGAACAAUGACUGAGACAAUGAUGACGCGACGAGUGCGCCGUCGACUGGACAACGAGACUUGUCUGGGCAACGAAAACUGUGUAGCUUAAGUCGAGAAAACGGUUUCAUCGUUGCUGAUAAUAAAACGGUUGCUCGUCGCGACGCCCACCACUAAUUGUCACUGAUUGUCACUGUCACAGUCACUCACUAUUAUAAAUAGCGAAAAAUAGUGUCGAAUUAAUUUUGAUAUGUAUCAAUUCUAAUAAUUCUUGAUAUAAAAUAAGUUGACCUUUAUUAUUUAACGUAUAAAUGUGGUGCAUUGAUUAUGUAAACUGAAAUUUUAUUAAUGGAUUAACUGCUAAAUAACCUACAAAAAAAACAAUAAUUAUAAUAUAUUAUAAUAACAAUAUUUUUUUCGCUUUAUUUUUUCGCUAAUUUCGUAAAUUUGAACAACAACAUGCAGCCGGAACUACACGUAGACCCUAGUAUAUAUAUGCGAAAAUUUCCGCGGUUUGAGAGACCUACGAUCAUUGGUUACAUCGGUCUUGAAAACCUUAAGUAUGCACGACAUGUGGGUAACCGAAGAGUUCAUUAUGAUUUAAACUUGCAUUAUGAUAAAGCAAUACAUCGUCCUGCAGACCUAGAUGUUAAGAUAACAGAAUUACUCAAGUUUUUGCUAGAGCAUGAAACUCGAUUAAACUUUCCUCUAGAAACUAGUUUAAGAAACGCAAAGUUUUUUUGCUAUAGAGGCCUUCUUACUUGCAUAGCAUGCACACCAUAUGAAAAUAGAGAACCAUGGAAAAUCGUAGCAAUUCUGCACAAAGGCAAUAUCUAUCUAUGUGCAAGAGAUACAGAAGAGAAAAUAAGCAGAAAAAUGAAUAUGACAGAAAGAGAUAAACUAUUUACCUCAUGGGGCUAUAAGUUUGAGCAGUAUCUGCUAUCUGAUGAGCCUGAUGUGGAACCAAAUCCUGAUGUUCCCGUAGAUGAAAAUGAAGAAUUCUCUUUAGUUUUUAAAACACAGUUGAAUAAACACACUAUAGUAUUUGGUGCUGAAAUGGAUGGAAUCAGAUGUGAUAAAACUAGAAUCACCAAGCCUCCAACAGAACUUGGGCCAGAAGGUAUCAUACAAUAUCUAGCCAACAAAGAGUUUAUAGAACUGAAAACCAAUAGGCAUAUAGAAAAUGGGAAGCAGGAAAAUAGUUUUAGGCGCUUUAAAGCAAAAAAAUGGUGGUGCCAGUCUUUUCUUGUGGGUAUAGACAAAAUAUUAUGUGGAUACAGAGAUGACAAUGGAAUUGUAGAAGAAUUAAGAAUAUGCAAUGUAGGAGACUUGCCCCGGAAGUCUCAGAGAUUUUGGAAUUCGGAUGUCUGCUUCAACUUUAUAGAUGACUUCUUAGUAUAUGUGAAGAGGUGUUUAUCGAGAAAAAUCAAACAUAAAUAUGGUGAGAAAGCACUAGAUGACCUACAAGCUCUACCACUCAUGACCUUGAUGUUUGAGUGGACACCUGGUAUGCCUGUUCACGUGACAGAAAAUUAUUCGCAUGACGAUGAUCCCAUAUUGUUACCUUGGUUUUUAAAUAACUAUGGUAAGGUACAAAAAAGCAUGUAAGUCAAUAUUGUUAAUAAUUAGGUAUAAUAAAGAUAAUAUAUAUACGUUUAAAAUCAAAACCUUGUCUUUACUCAAAUACCGUGACCUCUAAUUCACAUUUGUUAAGUGACAUAGUAUUACUACGUGAUUAAAUUAACGUAGUUAAUAUUCUGCUUGAACAAUCUAAAUUACACUACACGACUAAGGGUAAGAUUUGCAAGCUAUAGAAUUUUUUGUAAAAUUUUGUCUCCACUUCGCGCAUAUUUUUUUAUUACAACAAUGACAGCUAAAAUAAAAAGACAUCUUGGGUUAAGACUGGUUAAAACUAUAUUAGAAUGUAGACGCGUAGAACAACAUUUUCUCAUAUUUAGUGUUUUGAGCUUCAUAUUCAAAAACAAUAAAAAAAUAAAUAUGGACUACUUCACAUAUAUUGUUCUGAACCCAAAGUAAGUUGCUAAAGCACUUGUGUUAUGGAAUUCCGAUGAAACGAAAGUAUAGGAAACACCCAGUCCCGAGACAAUGUAGAAAUGUGAAUUUUUACAUUGACCCGACCAGGGAUCGAAUCCGGAACCUCAGAGCUAGCGACACCUUGAAACCGGUGCGAACGCCUCUCAACCACGGAGGUUAUGAAACAAGUAAUAAAGGUAAUAAAUAACAAACAGUAGCAAAUACUAUCGUACCAUUUAUUAUCACUGCAUAGCAAAUGGUGUAAAUCAACAUCCAUAAAAGACUAAUCAACAACAUGGAUAUCUUCACUUACAACUAGAUAUGCUUAAUAUAACUAAUAAUGUAUUAUCAUACAUUCAUAAAAAAUAUUUAGAAAAUAAAAACAAUAAUUAACAGAACAACAUAGUUGUAAUAAAAUUAAAUGGUGUCAUGUAUUAAUACGUGUCUACCAAUGUUAAUGCUGUAUUUACAUAACAAUGAUUCAUUUUAGCAACAAAAUCUCUAUUGUGUGACUUAUAUGUUUUCAUAAAAUCAUACAAUCAAAUUUUAACAAUUAUUUCUAAAAUAAAUCAUAAAUUUAAAUUAUAUAAUCUAAUAUAUGCAUUACAUUUAACGUUAUAUGUUCAAAGAACGCACAUUAAAAUUCUACAAUUUUAUUAAAAUAUACACUUAUCAAUCCAUAUUUAGUCAAGACUUAAACAAAAUGGCUUUCCACAUGAGAGAUGAUCCUUCUUCUCAUAACAUUUUAAAUAUCUUUGUUUUUUCGUUAGAUUAAAGAUGUCACGUACAAUUAA